CGUCACGAUCACAGGAGAUUAGCUAGAUCUCCAUUGAGCAUGCGUCUCCACUCUUCCAACAUGGCGCCUAUUGGAAAGAAGUCUGCGAAGGCAUCGUCAGCGGAAAGGGAGAAUGACGAGGAUGAAUCUCAAAAUUUAUGGACAUCCAUAUUGAGCGAAGUUUCUUCACACUCCAGCUCGAAGUUGCCGUCAUGCAAGUCCAUAUUGGUGUUGGGUGAAGAUGAGACGGGAAAAACGACCUUGUUAUCCAGAUUACAAGGAGUUGAGGACCCCAAGAAAGGCUAUGGGUUGGAAUAUCUUUAUCUUGAUGUCAGGGAUGAAGACAGAGAUGACACAACAAGAUGUGGUGUAUGGAUAUUAGCAGGAGAAAAUGAACAUGAAGACUUACUACGGUAUGCCCUAACUGCAGAAAACCUAGAGCAUACACUUGUUAUUAUUGCAGUAGACAUGAGUAGACCGUGGAAUAUCAUGGACUCACUACAGAAGUGGACACAGGUUAUCAGAAGGCAUGUUGACUCGCUCAGAAUCCCACCAGAAAAAUUAAGAGAACUUGAACAAAGAUUGGUACAACAAUUCCAAGCAUAUACAGAGCCAGAGACGGGUAACGAUCCCUCCGUUUCGAGGAGAACGUCCGGCGUCACCAAACCCACGGGGACGGAGGACGAAGAGGUUGUAGUGCUUCCUCUAGGAGAAACCACACUCACACAUAAUUUAGGCGUUCCAAUUGUAGUCGUUGUGACCAAGUCUGACUACGUCAGCACAUUGGAGAAAGAUCAAGACUACAGCGAUGAACAUUUAGAUUUCUUACAACAGAACGUCCGGAAAUUAUGUCUAAAUUAUGGUGCAGCUUUAUUUUAUGUAUCUGUGAAAGAGAACAAGAACUGUGAUCUGUUGAACAGAUAUCUUCUACAUAGGUUAUACGACUUCCCAUUCAACUCGACGGCACUGGUGGUGGAGAAGGACGCCCUGUUUGUGCCUUCAGGGUGGGAUAAUCUACAGAAAAUAAGUAUAUUAUACGAGAACAUGGCCAACAUAGAUCCAGAGAAGCAGUUUGAUGAAGUCAUCAUCAAGCCAGUUGUCCGGAGGUUGUUACAAGAUAACAAAGAGGUUGUCGCAGAGGACGAGCAGGUAUUCUUAAUGAAGCAACAAGCGACCAUUAGGAAUGCAGCACAAGGCAAACCAGGGGAAGCUUCCCCAAGGGCGCAAGACACAAGACCAAUGAGAACACCAGAAAAGAGAAAUCCAUCUAACGUCCCUGCUGCAUCGCCAAUUACAGCACAAGGAAAACCAAAAAUCGAUCCUGGCAAACCAGGUUCUGCCAAUGAAGGUGUGCUAGCAAACUUCUUCAACAGUCUACUUAGCAAGAAGAGCGUCAGCUCCCCAUCGCCUGGUGGCCCAAGAACAGGUGGUGAGAAGGCAGUCCGGAAUGAUGCAGCCGCAGAGCUUCACCGAAUGACAAAAGGUAACAAGCCGGUAGCAGGGACAGCACCAAGCUCAGAUGUCUCGUAAGGCUUAGAAAAGUAUCAUAUUACUGUCAACUCGUCUAUGAAAAAAAAAGACAUUAUAUCUUCUCUCAUGCAUCCAUUGAGGGCUAUUCCUAUCGUAGUAAAUAUAUUAUGAAGUCUACACUUGGCACAGAAGGCGACGUUCUUCGCAGCAAUGGCUCGAUUCUGUCCUUUAGCCAAUGGCAAGGAUUUGCAGAGCAGCUUGAUGGUGUGUGGACUGCACUUCGUAUUGGGUGUGUCUUCGGUAAAGAGGUAGCAAGCUCUGCUAAGAGUCCAGAGAACGUCUUACUGUAUAAUUGCAUCUCUUCAUCCUUGACAUGUUUCUGUGAGCAGGAUGGUAAGCGUUUAUUGUCAUAGUGUAUGGCUGCUGUAGGUGUGUCUGAGGGCUUGUGGUCUGAUGCAAGUCAUCUGCAGCAUUGCCAAGCCAAUGCAUGCUUGCAGGGCAUUAUUCCCUAAUAGGUGAAGCUAAAACGAUGUCAAACUGCUGUUGUAAAAAUUUGAGGAUAAUAUUUUAGGUAUGCUCUACGUUCUAUUGGUCAGUGAAAAACAUUUAGAAAGGGAGAGAGAGAGAUCGAAAGUGAGAUAGGGAGGGGUGGGGGACUUAUGGCAUGCUCUCUCUCUUUUCAUCUCUAGCUAGAGAUGCACAGUUAUACCUUCAUAGAAUCUUGUCAGAAAAAUGGUAUGAUCGUUCUCUUGUAAUGUCAGCAUUGUGCGACCUCAUGCUAAGAUAUGAAGUCAGUCUUACCCACCAUGCAUUUUGAAUGUCUCUCAUCUUUACUACUUGCACUGAAUUACUUCAGCCGACUUCCAAAUCGCAAGAGCAUCAUUAAGAUACAUGCUGUAAGCUGCAACAGUUCCUUUGAAUGUAACCUACUGAUGUGUCUGAAAUGGAAGUAUAAAUUGCAAAGCUACGGGAUUUUCCGUCUUGCUGUAAGAACAGAUUUAGAAAUCUUGGAGUAAGUUUGUUCUUGUCUGGUAGUACAUAUGUAAGUCCACUCUAAGCCUAGAAUGUAAAAGUCUUGCAAAUGAAAGAGUAAUGUAUUUUAAGGUAAAAUAAAUUGAUGAACAAGAAUCUUAAAAUGUGCAUGAGGAAGGUAGUUUUUCAGGGCCUUCCAUAGUUAUUUUGGUAUCUCCAUCCAUCAAGAGUGGUCUUGGUAAUUCAAAAGAACAAUAUUUUUCAGUAGCUAACAGAUUCAAAUAUAUUGAUGUUUGCUCGAGAAUCCUCUUUCCAUCUCAAGCAAAGUAUGUAGCAGUCCCACAUCUUCAUAUGAUCAAAUUGCAAAGACCUCAUCAAAGAUUAGGGAGGAGGAUUAUAUCCAAUACAUUUGUUUUUUAAGAGAGGAUUUCUUUUCUGUGGGCCUCAUUCAAAUUUGGUUCAACAAAGCUAUGUGAAGAAGUGGUGAUAAAUAUGCAGUACAUGAAACAGAGAAAAGUGCAGGAAGUUGUCAGGACCCCAUUUCAUAAAAAGUUGGUAUGAUAGCAACCCUUGUUUGAAUAUCACCUUUCAUUGGAAGAACCAAUCAAAAAGCUGAAUUUUCACUGUUGUCAUGGGAGCUAACACUUCAACAAGAUUUUAUAAAAAGUUGCUAUCAUAGCAACUUUUUAUACAAUGGGCCCUGUUGUAAUAUGACAUGUCAUAUUGCAUGAUGGAAUGAGUUAUUCUGCAAUAACGUUUGACAAAGUAUUUGGCACUUACAUAUUGUAAGUAUUGUUCAAUUUUCUGGAGCCCUGCAAUAAGAAAAAAAAAUUCUCUCUUCAAGAUUUGGUUGAUGGCUCAUAUCCCAUUGACUGCACACAAAAUAUUACUGAUCGUUGAUGCACCGUAUUUGAAUGAGCCAUUAAUGUAUAUAAUUUUAUGAGAUAAAAGAUAUUCAGGUCUGUAAGGGUAUGAUAUAAAUGUAAGAAACCUUACUAGUACUUAAUAUUAUUAUGAACGUCCUACUUUCGAAAGACUACAUAGGAUGCCAAAUAUUCUUGAAUUAUUUCAAGAGCGUAAACUAUCAGUUUAUUGGUUAUGAAAAAAUGAUAAGCAGCCAGAUUUUUGACAUUAUUUUUCUUUAUUACUUCAAGACAAAAAGUCUUUCAAAAAAAUGAGAAGAUAUUACUCUUCGUCUUUGUGACUGUUAUUCUUGCCAUUUUGAAAAUUUUAGAUAAAAACGGUUUUUGAAAGCAAAUUGAAAGAUAGAAAAUUGAAAAUAUAGGAUCAGUAGAGAUCCUUGAAAGAUAAAUGAAUUGGUUUUCCAAGAGCAGACUGGAUUUUUUUUGUUGGCAUCGUUUUCCAUGUUUAUAUGAAUAUUUAUGAUUUGAUUCCUUUUACAAAAUUGAAAAGACUGGGGUGUGUUGCAAAGAGUCAACAUUGACUGACAGUCAAUAGACUAUGCCAAUACGUAGGGGAAGGCGGUGUAAGUUGUGACACUUUUUGCAUUUUGAAUGAAUAAUAAUCUUGUAGAAAUAAGUACCUUGCCUUUGAAUUUAAUUCUUAGGAAAUAAUUUUCACCUAUAAAUAUCUUUCUAUCCCCACGCUGAAAGUCAUUGUCACCUUUGAAAAAAACCGAUGUCAAAUGGCUCAACUUACCCCAUCUGUGGGGUAAGUUGUGCCACCUUCUGGAGUAAGUUGAGCCACAAAAAUAUGUACAAAAUGUAUGCGGAAAGAACCAGCAUGUCAAAUUUUUAUUUAAAGUCUUUUCACUUGCUAAUUUUCUAUAAAUACUAACAUCCUCUAAAAGUAAAAGAACUGUUAUGUGAAUUUGCUCCAUUCUGCCUGCAUAUCAAUGACUUUUUAAGUUUUUUUUUUUCAUUAUACAUUUCCAUAAGAAUUACCAUGGCUCAACUUGCCCCAUGUUGGCUGGCUCAAAUUACCCCAGUCCGAACUUAUGCGAUAUUUUCACAUCCACACAUUUCUUAUGCAUCCACCAUGUAAAAGACUAUGACAAGAAUGAUAAUCCAUACCUGGGCUAACAAUAUUGUUCGUAUUUCUUUAUUAUAUUCAAAGCCGUGUGCGGGUAAAAAGCACUGAUCUAGUUCACACCCUUUUUUACUUUUUUGGCUGAAAUUUGUAUUGUUCCCUCUAAAAAAGUACUUUUUGUUUCAAAGUUGAAAACUAUGUGGUGGGGUUAAGGGUUAUGUAAUGGGUCAUCAGUACAUGACACCACCACAAUGUCUGACUCAUUCAUUAUUGGCCUGGGGAUGGUGGCUCAACUUGCCCCUAUGCUCAACUUACCCCGCCUUCCCCUAUACAUGUUCAAUAUCAUUGAUGAUUAUGCGGUAGUGCGCUUCCUCUGUGCGUGAUCUGACCAGUACAGUAGUGCAUGAUAUAUCACAAACAACUGGAAAUUUAAGUACAACUGUUAGACUUAAAUCUCUGCGAAACACCCUCGUUAUAAAUUCUGUGCAAGAAUGAAUUUAGAUUUUCAUAAGGGAGAGUAAUGUCUCUUUUGUGAAUAAUGGAUUUCAAAGAAGAACCCGUGUGAUUUAUUUCUAACAAGGUGUGUUGUUUUGCUGAUGUUAGCUGAAAAAUGAAUUUAGAAUUUAUUUUGUUAGCUUUAUGAGUGGUGGAAAUCGGGUAUCUUGAACAGUAAAUCCUAUUGCUUAGGUUUCUCUGAUUAUGUAUGAUGUUUGUAAAUUUUUCCUUUCUCAAUUUGAGCUCUAUUCCAUUAAUAACAUGUAAGAAAGAAAUUGAACUCUAACGAUAUGAAUCGAAAUAUUGUGUAAUUACAUUGAUGUUAGUUUCGUAUUGUUUCACAGAAAACACCAACUUCACUCUUGAAUUACUUCGUCAAUUGUUUUUUGCAUGUUUCCAUUUCAAAUUACCUGCUACAGUAGAUAGUGCCCUUGUGUUUGAUUCCUAUGUAUAAUCUGCAAACCUAGUCAUGAUGUAUACAUUUUGCUUUAUCUAUUUCUGCAAUGAGUGCAAUUGUAGAGUAGAUAUUUUGCCCUAUUUUUCAUAAGGUGAUGAUGUAUUAGGCUAGUUUAUUCAACACUUAAAUAAAGUUUAUGCAUGUAGUAUUAUUAAUUACAGGAAUAAUGUUCGCUUCAUAAAUUCUUAUUUUAGCAGUAAAACCUCAUGGAAUGUAGAAUUUAUUGUCUGUCACUCCAUGAUAAAUCAAGGCUUGACCAAUUGUCCCGGGGGAGCAUUUCAUGGAACCCCAAACAUCAUGGUCAUCUGUUAAAGGCUACUGAAAUGCUUGCAUCUGAUUGGCUGAGUUUGAAUUUGUCAGUGAAAAUCACUGACAAGAUUCUUUAUGAAACACUCCCCUGAACUAAAAAAAAAAAUGUAUUUGUGAUCAGAGACUUUUGAUAUUUUACCAAGCAAAACUAGUAAGGGAAAUGUUAUUUUGGUGUACAUGAAAUAGGAAGUUGAAUCAAGUAAAAGUUUUAUGAUUUUCAGAUUAUUAUUUUGGUAACAUUUCAAAUUGCCUAGCAAGCGAGCUCUGCCAUUUUCUUUGUCAAUCGUCAAAAUAAGUAAGUAAGUAAUGUGUCAACUUGUGAAUCUGUGAAUGCUCAUAGUUGAAACACAUGAGAGCUAGAUCUUCAACAUAAUUAACGUAUCAGAUAUCUGAGCUGGUCAUUUACAAAACUGUAUUGCCCUAGAUUUCAUGAAUACCAGGAAGGGAUAGGUACAUUAUUUGUAUAUUUCUCUGUCUCUCUGCGCAUACUGACUUUGCACGCAGAGACGACGCAAAAUAUACCUUUGUAUUUUCCACGGCUUCACUACCAGGCAUCUGAGGAUGCGUAGAAAGAGAUAUGUGCCAUUGAUCUGCGCAGCAAGAUGAACAAUGCUGGAUACCGCGUCCCCAGGCCAGGAACACGACAUUCAAGUAUGUCACAAUGUUAAAGCUCAGAGGCCCUGCUCAACGUGACUAAAUAGAAUCCAAUUUUCAAAGAGUAAUAGAAAUAUCUCAAUUUUCAUGAUUUUGCUCUGCAUAUCUGAUUUGGAUUAUAAUAAAAAUAUUGACAAGGGCCAGUAUGAUUCUAUUCGGGCCAAUAUAUUUGAUGUUCCCAUCAAGGCCAGUCAAUAUUAUAUAAGCAUUUUCAAUCUGUAAUAAGACUAUGUGUAUUUAUUUCUUUCCAAAAAAUUGGCAAUUAUUUUUUUUGAGAGUGUGUAUUUGAAGUCAUAUUUAAUUACAUUCUUUUUUUUAGGAAAAAGAAUUGAAAGAAUUUAUUUUAGUUGGGUGUCUUUUCCUAAUGGUUUUGCAAUUCGAUGUGUAAACUGUAAUAUACUUAUUUAUUUUGUACAUGAUGUAGAAUCAAUUCAUAUAUAAUUCUAAAUCUUUUUAGAUAUAUUUGUUUACUUCACUGUAAUUCUUUUAUUUUUUUUCAUUUUUGUUUAUCACACAUGUGAGCCUUCCAGAAACAGUUUGUAUGGGAAUGAACUGGGUCCCGUAACACAAAGGUUAGCGAUUGAUCGUAUGCUUGAUUUUCAUGAUUGAUUUUACAUUGUAGUCAAUGGAAUCAAUCGUAGAAAAAUGUUCUACGAUCAUUGCUAAGUUUUGUGUUACAGGCCCCUGGUCAAGCAAUAUACUUACCAUGAUUAGGUUUACCUUAUCCAUCGAGUGUCAACAUCCCUGCAUUAAAAUAAAAAAUGCACUUUGGGCAAACACGAAGAAAGGGAAAACUUUCUAAGUAUAGCCAGGUAGCUGGAUUCAGUGCCAUAUAGUUAGAGAGUACGGUUAAUUACCCCCUAUGGAGUUAAUUCUGUUGUGUCCCUGCUAGAAAAAUUAGUUUACUAUUUGUAGGCCAAGACUCCAUCUAAUCUAAUAAGCCUUUUUGCAGUAGUAACUGUGCAUGAGCGGAAAAAGGUCCUUUGAGAUAAACCAUCUAAGCGGUCUUCAAAUUCACUGACAUGCAUGUAAGCAUCUAUGAUCUGAUGACUAUUCAUGUUUUCCUUUUUAAAAUAUUCUUUUCAUCACAUCCAUGCUGAAGAGUAACAAAGUGUUCAUAAUCAUGGCUAUUGACAGUAGCCUGAACAAUAGUCAGUGUGCCAAAAUGGGACAAUACAACAAACGCUUUCCAAACUUGAUUGCUGAUAAUGUACUCUUCUUGCUAUCUUGUCUAUGCCAUGCCUUUAUAAGAAUUUGAAUGCUUUACUGGGAAAUCUUAUACAACACUGUCAGUUAAAAGUGUUAGUGCUCUUCCUACAUGAAAUUAAUGCAAAACGGCAAAGGUCAUUUGAGAAAAGCUUACCAUAAACUAACUGAAUUGACUUAUUAUUAUGGCACUGACUGAUCCAUCAGUAGACUGCCCUCUCUUGUUAAUCAUGUGAAUAAUGUAAGCUGAAAAGAUUGUUAGGCUGUGUAAGGGGUUCAUGGUUCCCUCAUAACAAAUAUUCACUGUGUGAUAAUAUGCAAAGAGCAAGAAGUGCAUUCUUGGGAUUGUUUCUAAAAACAGUUCUGAAAGUCACGUAAAACUAUACAAUGGCAAUCCAAAUUUCAUUUAAUCUUUUUUUUAAUUGCAUUAAUCUAAACUGAAAAAAGGACAUGAUCAUGUUGAUUAAGUAUCCAUUCAUUUUUAUGCAAAGUGUGUUUUCAAAUAAGUUAAUUGUGAUUGUAAAAGAUACAGUGUCACUCUCACGAUGCAUCAAGAAUUUCUCAACCAUCUCAUUUGGCACUUCAUAUUCCCUUCACUUAAUAAGGCAUUGUGUAACUUUAUGCACAGUUUUUAUGAAUCUCUGUUUUUGAGAUUUCAAGCAAAAGCCUAGAAAUUCUCUUAGAAAUUAGCAUGCAGGCCAUAGAUACCUGUGUGUAUGCAAAAAAAAAUAUAUAUAUACUAACACCAACAAAAACUAAGCCUAAGAUGAGAACAAAUACUCAUCCCUAACAGACAUUUGCACUUUCUCAUUGACUAUGAAGUUGACUAUAUUAUAUGAUUUUGUCAUCAUGCCUUUUAGAUCGACUCAAGACCUCCUUUUG